AGCAGUUUUGCGCGCCCCCGACGCCAACGAGCACGAGCAGAGGCUUCCUCUUCAUACAGAACUGUAGCAAGAACCAGGAAGUGUACACAUGGAGGGUGUGUCGUUCCCCGCCAGUGAAUGUUUUAUUUUUUAAAACGGAGUCCUCCUCGGAUAAAUAAUGGGGGACUCGGCUAGGACCAAGCGGCGGGAGCAGCUGAAGCGCUGGGCCGGCUCGUGUACCAACAAAGCGUCGGCCGUGCCGAGGCGGAGGUGGCGGGGCAAUGCACAGAACGGAGGAGGGGAGCCGGAGGCCCAGUUCAGCGACCCGCCGAGGGACCAGUCAGUUUGUGUGGGCACUGAUGAAAUCAGUCCCCUCCUCAAACGACGGAAAAGGGUGAGGUUUGACAGGGCGGCAGAGUUCUUGGCCACCUGUGCCAGCGGAGAUACAGAAGAGGCCCAGUUGAUGCUGAAAGAGGCCAAAGAAACCAAAACAAGGACUGGGGAGGAGGUGGCAGAAAUCAUCAACUGUUCCAAUGCCGAUGGAAUAACUGCUCUCCACCAGUCCUGCAUAGAUGGCAGCAUAGAGAUAGUGUCCUUCCUUUUGGAACAAGGUGCCAACGUAAACCAGGUUGACAGUGAGGGAUGGACACCGCUGCAUGUUGCUGCGUCCUGCGGGUACAGUGACAUUGUAGAUUUUCUCUUGCGGAAAGGUGCGUCUGUCUCUGCUGUGAACUGUGACGGUGACGUUCCACUGGACAUUGCUCUGGAUGAGACCACAGAGUCCCUCCUUCAGGGUUACACUCUAAAACAGGGUGUGGACUUGGAGGCAGCCAAGCGGCUGGAGGAGGAACAGAUAAUGAAGGAUGCCCGGACCUGGCUAAUUGAGGGCUCACCAGCUGAUGUAAGACACCCCAGGACCGGGGCCACCCCACUGCAUGUGGCUGCAGCUAAGGGCUAUCUAGAGGCUCUCAAGAUACUGUGUCAGUGUGGGCUGGAUGUGUCCGCUAUAGACCAUGAUGGCUGGACCCCUCUCCAUGCUGCAGCACACUGGGGUCAGGGGGAGGCCUGUCGCAUCCUUGCGGAACAGCUGUGCAAUAUGGAGGCUCGCAGUAAUGCGGGUCAGACGCCAUUUGAUGUUGCAGAUGAAAGCGUUGAAAAUCUCCUUAAGGAGUUAUCACAGAAACAAGCAAAUUCCAUAUUGGACAAGCAAAACCAACCAGGCUCCCCAGCUGCAAACGCACCAAACAAACGUCGGAGGAGCUCAGUGUGCCGGAUGAGUAGUAAAGAAAAGAUGAAUGUGCAGGACCAGUCUAAAGAGAGGGGUGUUUCGGAAGGCCUGGAGCUGAGUGAGGAGAAAGAGAGCAGCCCUGAAAGCUACCCCGUGUCCAGUCCAGAGGGUGUGCCCCCCUCCACAGCCAGCCCUACUGACAAGGUUCAGACACCAGAGGAGAAGAGCGAGGAGGAGCACGAGCAGGAUAAGGCCAAUCGCACGGCCAGAGUUCAACCGACCCCUCAGACGAAGGAUGCUGCGGCUGAGAGCCCCAACGCUCCCAACAAUGACAAGCGAAAGUUCCAGGCUCCGGUCAGAGACGAAGAGUCAGAGUCUCAGAGGAAAGCUCGCUCUCGGCUGAUGCGGCGGUCUCGCCGCUCCACUCAGGGUGUGACUCUGACAGACCUUAAAGAAGCAGAGAAGACUGUGCCUAAAGCUGCAGAUCCACCGCCUCGCAACAUCCAUCCUGUCAGCCCCAUUGUUACCAUCACGUGUCCUGAAAGGGACACAGACCUGGUGAACGAGGUGGAGUCGGAGGGAGAGAAGCGUCUCGGAGUGAAGGACAGGAGGAGAGGGAGGAGGGAGAGACGCUCCACUGGCAUCGUUCAUCAAGGUGGAGAGAAUGAAAAUGAGGACGGCCAUUUGGAUGAUGGAACCAGUAACCGUACUUCAUUUGAGAGUCAACUGGGAGACUUAUCAGCAGACUACAGAACGCUAUACUUAAAGGUUCUGCAGGAAAACCUGGCGCUUAAGGACACGCUGCAAGAAAAGGAGUUGCUGCUGAGCCAAAACAAAGUGGAGCUGGAGAGACUCCAACAGAAUCAAGAGUGCAGCACAGACAGACCGGCUCUCCUGGAACUGGAGAGAUUUGAGAAGUUGGCCCUCCAGAGGAAAGCAGGGGAACUGGAGGAUGAGCUCAAGGUUCUGGGGGACCUCAGAGCCGACAACCAGAGGCUCAAGGAUGAGAACGCCGCCCUCAUUCGAGUCAUCAGCAAACUCUCACGAUGAAAUAUCAACAAAAAAAAACCUACAUUGAAAUAAAUAGUAUUACUGGAUUUCUUCUUUUGCCAAACUCAGAAGACCGAAAUCGUGAAUGGAGACUGCAGAAUCCGACCCCUGCAUAGCACAUCCAACAGUAACAGUGUAGAUUUCAGGGUUAUUCGCCUGUUUGGGCCUUUAUGUUUUGGCAGAUCUACUGUAUAACAAGCUGAACUGCACCGCCUGUGGACUGACGGGGCAUUCCUGUUCACAUCCACAUUUAUAUUAAGUCUUCAAUGUUGUAUUUUUUUAACUGGAAUAUUUUAAUGUGCUUUGCCCAUCUAAAACUUUGUAUAAAAUCGGUAUCAAGAGACUUUAAGCCAUGCACAGUGCUAGAUAGCCAUCUUGACCUCUGAAGGGGUUAAGGAAAAGAAAAACGUCAGUCGGCUGGAGGGGGUUGUUAAGAGGAAAUGACAGAAAAAAAAUAAUUGUACCGGAAAUGUGCCAAAAGCCGCCCCCCCCCGUUUAGCUUGUCCUGUGGAGAGGACUCCACGUGGUCGUUUCUCAGGAUGAGCCUCGGGUUUAUGCUUUUCCAUUUUGGCUGACUACUAGCGGACCAAAUUCGCAUGCUAACUUCUCCCUGCUCCUCUGAAUGUAUAUUUAAUAUGUAUAUUUAUGUACAAGGGGCAUCUGUUCUGUCGUAUUCGUGGUCUCUGUUGUACAAAAGACUGCUCUUGGUGCUUAUAGAAGUCAGGCGCAGCUCAUGUUCAGAGGGAUUUCUACAGAAAAUGUUUGUUCCAAUUGUCAGAUCUUUCAAGAGCUUGUGGAGAGUGCAUACUCGUAGCCCUCUAUCCUUAGUACUUUAAGUCAGUAGUAAAUCUGCUUCAUCAUUUGACGCCUCGGAAAGCAACAAGCCCUAAGCUAAGUAUUCACCCUGUGACGGACAGCUGUUGGUACUCAACAGACAGGCCAGAUGGGUCAUCAUUUGAAUGUUUACUCCCAUUUUAAAGAAAGAACUUGCAUGUCAGAUUGUAUUUUGAUGCUGUGCCUUUUCAAUAUACAUUUUUAUGUAAUAUUUCUAUUUUGCUUUUGCAAAUGUACACUGUUAAGUAUAAAACACAGUAUGGGUAUGAAUUUA